GCCUCCCUGCGGGUGGGAGGGAGCCCGGGCGGGCAGCGAGGGAAGAGCCUCGGGCUUGGCGGCUGCCCUCGUCCCGGAUUGGCGAGAAAGAAAGAGCCUCAUUGAGCCCGGGGCCAGGGCUAUGGGCUGAGCCCGCUCCGCCCGGGUUGCCUUGGGGCCUGAACUUCUGGGAAACACGUUGAGCUGUUAAAGGACAUGAUUCAGACUGUCCCAGAUCCAGCAGCUCAUAUCAAGGAAGCAUUAUCAGUAGUGAGUGAAGAUCAGUCCUUGUUUGAGUGUGCCUACGGAACGCCACACCUUACUAAGACAGAGAUGACUGCCUCCUCUUCCAGUGAAUAUGGGCAGACAUCAAAGAUGAGUCCACGUGUCCCCCAGCAAGAUUGGUUAUCACAACCCCCCACCAGAGUCACCAUCAAGAUGGAAUGUAACCCAAACCAAGUAAAUGGGUCAAGGAAUUCCCCUGAUGACUGCAGUGUGGCAAAAGGAGGAAAGAUGGUUGGCAGCUCUGACACUGUUGGGAUGAAUUAUGGAAGCUACAUGGAAGAGAAACAUGUUCCACCACCAAACAUGACAACCAAUGAACGAAGAGUUAUUGUUCCAGCAGAUCCUACACUGUGGAGCACAGACCACGUGCGUCAGUGGUUGGAAUGGGCUGUGAAGGAAUAUGGUCUUCCAGACGUUGACAUCUUGUUGUUCCAGAACAUCGAUGGGAAGGAGCUAUGCAAAAUGACCAAAGAUGACUUCCAGAGACUCACCCCCAGCUAUAAUGCAGAUAUCCUCCUCUCACACCUACACUACCUCAGAGAGACUCCUCUUCCACAUUUGACUUCAGAUGAUGUUGAUAAGGCCUUACAAAACUCUCCACGGUUAAUGCAUGCUAGAAACACAGGAGGUGCAACUUUUAUUUUCCCUAAUACUUCAGUUUACCCUGAAGCAACACAAAGAAUUACAACCAGGCCAGAUUUGCCUUAUGAUCAAGCCAGAAGAUCAGCAUGGACAACUCACAGUCAUCCUGCUCCUCAGUCUAAAGCUACACAGCCAUCAUCAUCAGCAGUGUCCAAAACAGAAGACCAGCGUCCUCAGUUAGAUCCCUACCAGAUUCUUGGACCAACCAGUAGCCGUCUUGCAAAUCCAGGGAGUGGACAAAUCCAGCUGUGGCAGUUUCUACUGGAGCUCCUGUCAGAUAGCUCUAAUUCCAACUGCAUCACUUGGGAGGGCACCAACGGUGAGUUCAAGAUGACUGACCCUGAUGAAGUAGCCCGGCGCUGGGGAGAGAGGAAAAGCAAACCUAACAUGAACUAUGACAAGCUCAGUCGUGCACUCCGUUACUACUAUGACAAAAAUAUUAUGACUAAAGUCCAUGGUAAGCGUUAUGCCUACAAGUUUGACUUCCAUGGAAUUGCUCAGGCUCUCCAGCCACAUCCCCCAGAAUCAUCUAUGUACAAGUAUCCAUCAGACCUACCCUACAUGAGCUCCUAUCACGCACAUCCCCAGAAGAUGAACUUUGUAGCUCCCCAUCCUCCAGCUUUACCUGUAACUUCCUCCAGCUUUUUUCCUGCUCCCAAUCCAUACUGGAAUUCACCAACUGGAAGUAUCUACCCUAAUACUAGGCUUCCAGCUACGCAUAUGCCUUCUCACCUUGGCACCUAUUACUAAAUGGAAAAAAGAGAAAGAGACAUGCACUUCUCCCAUUAUGGAAUAUAGUCCCCAAAGAAUUAUAAAGAACUCUACUGGAGAACAUGAAUUAAAAGUGCCUAAAGAGACAUGCAAAGUUUGACUGGGAAAAAAAGAUGUCAAAAAGACUUUGUGUCGUAGGGAUUGAAAGAAAGUUUUCAAGUAUAAAGAUGCUAAAAUGUAAUGUUAUAUGGGCAUCAGGUAUAUGGACCAAAAACUGCAAGACUGUUGUAGGUAAAAACAUGAAAUGAUAUGGAGAACCUACAGGAGAAAGUGGUCUUAAAAUGUUGAUAAGCUUUUGUAUAAAGUUUGAUAUCUUGUAAACUGGGACUAUAGUACAGCAAUAUAAGGAUAACUCUAUAGUGACCUAACAUACAGUAUAUGAAUUCAUUUAAAAAUAACAAAAAAACCUACCUGUAUUUAAAAGAUAGAAACAUAUCAAAAAAAGACUGGUCUAGUAUGGAGGCUGAUUUGGAAUAUGAUGGCAUUCUUUCAAUUAAAAUCAAAAUGCAUUCCAUUUAUUGGGGAAGUAUCAGCUAUUUCAAACUGUGAAGACAAACCAAGCUUUAAGAUACCUUGACAGUAUUACAGGAACCCUGAGCCAAACAUAGGAAUUAAGAAUGUGCUGAAGGGCAAGUGUAUGGUUGUAGACCAAGGGCCUGCAUAUGAUAUAGGAAGUAGAAGGAAAGAGAAAGAAGAGGAAGUUGAUGGGAAUGGGAGAAAAAAUGCUUUUUUCCUGGUAGAUACUCAAGAGAUUGAAAACAUGGUGGUGCUUGGUGGACUAAGAAGAAUUACUUGUUUGGACAAGAAACAUUCUGAUCAAUAUCAUACCAUUCCCAGUAUUACAGAAGGAAAAGACUUGAUUUAAAAAAUAGUAAAAAAGGAAGAAGCAGUAGAAUUCAGAAAUCAGAAUACGCAUCUCUUUUUUAAAAGUUCAGAACUGGAAUUGUUUGAUAUUUAAAGGUAACCUGUAGGACCUCAUCAGUAUUAAGGGAGUUUGUUUUCUAAUGUUGUAAGAGACAAACCCAGACUGCCAAAAUCAGAAAUCACUUGAGUAUUUUUGUUAGGCGGGCGCCAGUUUUUCUUUUUUGAGUCGCGAACGCUGUGCGUUUGUCAGAAUGAAGUAUACAAGUCAAUGUUAUUUUUUUCCUUUUUAUAUAAUAAUUAUAUAACUUAUGCAUUUAUACACUACGAGUUGAUCUCGGCCAACCAAAGACACAAGAAGGGACAAUCAAAAAUAUUGUGGCCUUGAAUUUUAACUCUGUAUGCUUAAUGUUUACAUUAUGAACAUAUUAGUACUUAGAAUGCAGAAUGUAUGUAAUAAAAUAAGCUUGGCCUAGCAUGGCAAUCCAGAUCCACACUGUAGUCUGCAUUUGCAUUUUUAGUGACUAAGAUGUCUGUUAGAUCAUCUUCCUGCGUGUUAAGAUACUUUACAAUGUUUGGGUUUUAAGUAUGUUUUUUUUAUUGUGAAUUUUGGAAAACACAAAAAUAAGGGACAGGUAGCACUGGGUAGAGUUGGGCUUAAUAUGGACAAGUCCUGUUAAUCUUGUCCCACACACUUACAUUCUGCCCUGCUACUUCUGUCCUGAGCAUUAAAUUCUUUGAUUAAGUAUGAAAAUGAAACACAGAAUUGGGGGGGAAUAGUGAUCCAAAUUUUCCUUUCCAAUGUAUCAGAUAAUAUGACAAAUCAUAGCCCAAAUCAUACUACUAUGCUAAAAAGUUUGUUGAAACCCCAUUCUCUUUUGCUAUUAACAUAUACUGUACCAUUUUUGAUAAAUAAAAUGAAUACUGAAUAACUUCCA